AUGCCAUCUCCUGGGAAGCGUGGCCAGCGCGCUCGUCGUGAGCUGCGCAGUGAUGCCGUUGCCGAAUCGUCUUCCCCGUCGCGCCCCUCCAAGCGACGCAGAAAGAAUGAUGAAGCCGCCGAAGCUACCGAGACCUCCGAGCUUGCUGACGAAGGCGACUCGUCACACCUCGCCGACCAGUCCACCAUAGAAGACGACGAUCAACUUGUCACCCGUGUGACCCAGCAUCUUAUGGCGCCCGCGGUGCCAGUACAGGCCAGCAUGGACCACUCGAACAGCAUCCACGAGUCUAAUAGGGAGGGCGUUAAGGCCUAUGCGAAGAUUGCUGCCCUCGAUUGGACCUUCUACAUCACGAGGCUCACUGUGAACAUCGGUCGCUUGUCUGACCCCGCCCAGGCUCGAGCCGAACAGAGCCCGGAAGACCCUGAUGCGGUGCACAUUGACUUGGGCCCAAGCAAGCUCAUUUCGCGCCUCCACGCCGUCGUCUAUUUCAACCGCGAUCAGGAAACCUGGUGGCUGCUCGUCAAGGGGCGCAACUCGCUCAAGGUGGAUGGCACUUUGUGGAAGGCCGGUCAAGCUGGGCCACUGCGGAGUGGCGAAGUGAUUGAAAUUGGCGGCGUUGAAAUGAUGUUUGUCCUUCCCAUCGAUCUGAGCCCGCUUCAGAUUGCUCAGCAGUAUCUUGAACGAGCCGGAAUCGUCAAACCCGAGUCCUCAGCAGCUCCUGCCCGACAGACCCGCCAUCCCCUCCCGUCAGGGGACGGCGCGCACUCGAGCUCCCCGAGCAAGCUGUCGCGCGGCCACGGCUCGCAGAAACCGUUAGCUCCGGCGCCGCCCGAUUACAAGCGUCCAGGUACUCCGCCGUCUGUCCGAGCACGCACUGCCGCGACGGCCAAGACACCUCUUUUCGAGCACGGAGCCGGCCCCUUGCUGAUGGGAAACAACGAUCUGGAUCUGAGCCUGGACGAGAACCGGCACAUCAAGCCCCAGUUCAGCUAUGCACAGAUGAUCACACAAGCGAUUAUGAACACGCCCGACCAGAAGCUCAACCUGGCCGGCAUAUACAACUAUAUCCAGACGCGGUAUGCCUACUACAGGCAUCAGCCCGCCAGUGGUUGGCAGAACUCGAUCCGGCAUAACUUGUCUCUGAACAAGGCAUUCGAGAAGAUUGCCCGCUCGACGGAUGAACCCGGCAAGGGCAUGAAGUGGCAACUCGUUCCCGAGUCCCGUGAAGAGAUGCUGCGCACCGCCUGGCGAGGGGGCCGCGGCGGCCACCGUGGUUCCUCGAAUCCGUCAUCGCCUAGUCAGCUAAGCUACAUCACCUCCGGGCCCAGGGACAUGGCGGCGAAGGAUCCCAUGUCGGUUCGCAAGCGAAAAGUGUCGCCAUCUGGUUCGCCCCAGCCACGGUCGUCUCUGCGGGAGUCGCACUCAACCCCUGUGCGCCCGAUGCGGAAACCGUUACCUGACGAAGCCGGCGCGGGUACGGAUGAUAGCCCCCUCCCCCGCAUACGGAAGCCAAACACGUCAAGCACGCUGGGGCUGGUGGAGAACGCGCCGGCGUCGCCGACGCUGACGUCGUCGUACCUGCAAGACGACGGUGCGUCGUUUGUCACGCCAGCACCGCACCGUGUGCACCCUAAGCUCGCGCCUCCGAGCACGGCGCAACGCCCCAGCCAACACAUGCCAACAAGUUCGCCGGCGCCGUUUUGGAAGUACGCCGACAUUGGGAGCACGCCUUUGAAGCCCGUUCAGGCGCCGUUCGACCUCAGCCCUUCCAAGGUGUCGGGCGGCCAUCCCCCCCCCAGUAGCAGUCCGCUGCGGAGCAAGUCGCCGGCGCCGAGCCCCACGAGGCCGACUAGCCGACUCAACGUGGACGAGCCGCCGAGUCCGGUUGGUGGCGAGGAAGAGGGUGGCUUUGACUUGACCAAGGGCUUUCAAAGCAUUGGCAGCUAUCACGCGCCUGUCGGACACGGAAAGCAGGUACAGCCCGCAUCGAAUGGAGACCUGUCUGCCAGCGGCAGUACUUAA